GCACAUGUUACGAUUUUCUUUUCUUUUUUUUUUCAGCAAAGGUAAAAUUGAAAAUAGAAUUUGUGAUGUAGAGGCCUAAUACAUUCCCUGAUUGAUCAUUUCAUACACUCUGCUGUGGACUGCAGUUUCGGUUAUUUUAGGUUCAUCAGUACAGUUUUGGCGCUGAAAAGACUUUCUCGAAAGUUCGGACAAUACCAUAUUUAACCGGUUACAGAAGUGGAUAUAUUGUCGAUUCUUACGUUCACGAAUAUUCUACAAUCUUGGAGAAUUGAUGGGAGUUUCGCCACACGUAACUAAAACGCACACUAAGAACCAAUAUAAAGCUUGUCAUCUUCAGUUUGGUCCCAAUCCAUCGUUUGUGUUGAAGAUCCAAGUGGGGUCCCUUCUCUUGUGUCGGACUUAUAUUACGUGCCAGCUGACCAUGCCGAUGACCAAUAAAGAGGUGAAAAGUUUAUACCGUGAACGUUUUGAUCCAGUUCAAUAUCACACCACAUACUACAGUAACCUGGAUAAAGAAGUGGAAUUCUUCUUGACGAACAUUCAUAGCACCUUACUGAAGGAAAAAUUCAAUGAAGGCAAACGAUGUCUGGAGAUUGGGUCAGGUCCAACUGUUCACUCAUUGAUUUCUGCUAGUCACCAUUUUGAUACUCUGGUGUCUAGUGAUUACACAGAGAAAAAUCGCGAGGAAAUCAGAAAAUGGCUGAAUAAGGAUGCACAAGCUUUGGACUGGACCAUAUUCUUCCGAUUUGUCGCUAAUAUGGAGAAAUUUAGUGAUCUUGAUGAAGGCGUAAGAAUUCUAGAAGAAAGACUUCGAAGAAAAUUGAAGAAUGUUAGCUUUUGUGAUGUAUUUGAUUCAAUUCCUCUAAAUUACAAAGAAGCUCCUUUUGACGUCAUUAUUACGUCACUCUGUCUUGAAUUUGCAGCUUGUGAUUGGUCGAGCUAUGUUCAAGCGCUGAAAAACAUCGCUGCCCUAUUACGUGUUGGUGGAGGAAUAAUAAUGGUAGGCGCUCUAAAUAAUACGUUUUAUUAUGUUAAUGACGAGAUUUUUCCUUCUUUAAAGUUGGAUCAACCAAUGAUUCAAAAGGCAAUGACGUUGGCAGGAUUCCAGGGUUUCGAAUGGAAGAUUCUAGAACGACAAGUGAUAGAAGGAAAACCAACGGACCAUGAUGGUUGCUUUUGCGUUAGUGCUAUAAAAAUGUAGUUUAAUUAAAUUAAAAUAAUCUAUAAAGAUAUUAAUGUAUUAAUGUACUUCUGCUUAACUAAAAUCUUUUGUGAAAUUUUCUCACAAAAGCUCAGUUCAGUAACUGAGAUGUGUGCUUAAUUCCUUGAAAUUGAUGUCAAUAAAAUGCUUGUUGUCUGCUUCAA